UAACAGAUGUAUUAUGUCCAACACUCUCAAAGGAUUGACAGACCUGGGUUUAGAAUUAUCAGCAGAGAUGAGUGGGGAGCAGUUGACCCGUUGUGGGUAAAGUUUCUCGCACUUCCCGUGCAACAUGUGUUCUUCGAGUAUACCAACACGGACGAGUGCACUAAUAGGGAGGAGUGUAUGGAGAUGAUCAGAAUUAUUCAGCGUUACAAUCUGAAGCUGAGAUCCAAUCCUGACAUACGUUACAAUUUCCUAAUUGCUUCUGAUGGCACCGUCUACGAGGGCCGCGGAUGGGACUCAGCUCCUCGACUGCCUCAAAAAUACAGUAAUGUCAGAAGAAAAGCUCUUUACGUUGCCCUCAUAGGGAACUACAUAGAUAAGGCUCCCAGUGAAAAAAUGUUUCAGGCCAGAUCCGACCUAGUCGAACACGGAGUUUCACUAAAAUAUGUCAGUGCAAAGCAUUUAGAGUACAGCAUUGUAACUCCAAAAGUCCCAGGGACUUUGGAUAAUUAG